UGAAAAUUGAACGCCGCACAAGCAAAACGUCAAUAGCACAACACUCACAACGGAACUCGUUUAUUUCGUUUGCUUACGGCUUCUUACCUGUGCGCGCCUUAGUUUAUUUAUUUUUCGUCGGUGGUUUUGUUUUUUUUGUUGUUGCUGUUGUUGUUAUCGCUGCUGUAAAGCUACCUUAUUUUGGUGUAAUAAUUUUCAGUUCGAAAUUUAUUAAUUUCCUACACGGGCUAUUUGCGCCGUCGCCAUCCAUCGUCAGCAAUCUUUUGCAUUGAUUUUCGUACAACAUCUUUUUAUUUGUUGUUGUUGUCGAAAUUAAUUCGAAUUAUUAAUAUAUAAGGAGAUUAGCAUUCCAACACUCACACACACUCAUACAGAGAAUGUUGUGCAGGGUGCUAAUGAACGAGAUCGAACGAACGGGCGGGCGUAUUUGCGCGAGCGCUAGGCGCAUGUACAAUUAAAAUUAUAAUAAAAUAAAAAUCAUCAGGUGGAAAACUAGCGAUAAUUGCCGUUACUCAGGAAUUAUUGCAUCGUAUUAAUAAAUCUUGCAUUGAUCGCAACAGUGAAAUGGGAAAAUUGUGCAAAAAAAAAAAAAUAAUAAACAAACAGAUUAUCAUUUCAACAGUAUGUGCACAACGAAAAAGUGUAUGUUUUUUUUUCGGCGUGUAGAAGUCGUUGUGGAAAAUUGCAAUUUGAUUUUUGUUUCGUUUUUCGUUUUCUUUUAAUUGCCGAAACGAUUUUGUUUCUUUCUUCGGCAUAGAUUUGUUGAUGAAAGCACGAGAGUUGCACAAAAGAAUAAAUAUGCGAUGCAUGCCACACGAAAUGUGAAAUUUCAUACAAAUGAAAAAAAAAGUAUUUUUCUUUUCUUUCGAUAAUUUGCAAGUUGAAAAAACCUCGAUGACUCUUUUCGUAAACAAAGUUAACGCCGCUUGCAUGCCGAAAUAGUAGUGAUGUCGCGCGCGCAUCGUUCACCACCUCCUAGAGAUGCAACAAGUUUCGUGUGCACAAAAACAAUGGGUGAAAAGACGCUUUAUUGCAUUAAUAACAUCUAGUGACUAAAGUUCUGUUGAAACGAUGCUCUGCAUUCAUGGUAUCAAUCAAUUUCUUCGGUUUGCUGUUGUCGCGCUUGUUACCAUUUUUUUCGUUCGAUCAAUUCGUGUGUGUGUGUGUUUAUUUCUUCUGUUUUUUUUGAAAUGUUGAACAGAGAAUUUUGGCAUUUUUUGCGUAUGCGAUUUACUUUCGUUUCUCCGAAAACAGUUGAAACAAGAAUCCCACAGAAAACAAGUCGACAAUCAAUUUCACGCAAGUGAAGAGAGAAUAUGACAACAGCACCAACCAAACUGAAUACAAGCGCGACACACGAAGGCAAAAAAAAAAUACAAACAUGAAAUUUAACAUGAAAUUUGGCGCACGACUCCUUUUUUGGUCUUGUGCUCUGUGUGUAUAGGUAUUUUUUUAUCGGGUUUUGUUUUUUUUUUCGCUCUGUAAUACGCUCGCGCUGGCGCAUAUAUCUUUGUGCAAAAGAUGAAAUUAAAAAAAAAAGAUGGUGUGAUGUAAUGCAAUUGAAAUGCGACAUGAAUACAUGUUGUAACGACUGAUUUUGCAUCAGUUUUUUUUCUGUUUUCGUUUCAUUUUCUCACUAUAUGUUGUGUGUGCGCGUCAUUACUUGCAGUUUUAUACACAGGGGGGGCUUAUGGUGAAUACGAACGAUUAUAUACGAUGGCUAAGUUCAGAUGCUGAUAAUUGACUUUUCAUAUCGAUCAUUCCAAUGAUGAUCAUCAGCUUGCAAUUUCUCCAACAUUUUCAUUUCCAUUUCGUUUGACGACAUUUCCGUACACUGCUCAUUUCUAUCUGUUUGAUGAAUUGCACCCGAUAAGUAUCCAUGAAGCGUUGAAUGUAUCAUUUUCCAUAUCAUUUCAUUUGGUCGGUAUGUACGCACACGCCCCCAUCUACACGCUCAAUUCGAUGCUAGAUCAAGUGCUCAAAUGACGCAAUAUUUUGCGUCUGAUUGAAAGCCAUACCACAUCAAAUUUCGAAUGCAUCACAUGAAGCAUCGCGGCGCGCAAACGCAUCGUACAUAGAUAAUCUUCGUGUUUAUAUGGAAGUUUCUCUUUUUUUCGGGCAACAGUCACCGCAAUAACAACAACAACAACAACAACAACAACAACAACAACGUGCAACCAGAACAAUUCAAAAGAGUAGUUAUGCCAUCACACAGCUGAACAUUUCACUUUCCAAAUGAAUUAUUUUCAAACUUGUUUGAAUACGAAAUAAAACGAAAACGAGAGAAAAAAAAAAUUAAAAUGAACAACAGUGAAGAAGAAGAAGAAGAGAGGAUAAAUAACAAAUAUCAAGACUAUUAAAAUAAUAAUCUGUGAACAUGUGGAACGUGAUAGUGAUUAGAAACCUGAAUUUAACGAGGACUGAAAAGAUAAACAAAAUUUUAAGUUGAUGAGAGAUUGACAGUCAUCGACUGUUUGACUUUUUUUUUCCAAAAAGAUCGUCAUCGACAACAUCAUCAUCAGUUGGCUUUGGGGCUACUUCGGGACAUACACACACAAACAAACACUCACGCAAACACUCCACUCAUCGCAAAACCCGUCAAAAUCACGAUGAAAGCUAUUUCAUUUGAGGCGAUACGAAAUUUGUUGAGAACAAAAAAGAAGAGCGCUGACGAUUAUGGUGAUGCUAGUUUUAAGCGAAGCGAUUCGUUCAAGAGAAUUAGUAUUCGACGCAGCUAUCUGAAUCGGGGCCGAAAACGUGCAAUACACGCGUCCAAAUCGAGCGCACAUAAUGCUAAUCAAAACGGGAAGAUUCAUGCAAGCGUUGGUGCCGUUGUCACGGCUGGUGUUAUUGUGCAGGAGCCAUCGUCUGAACGAAAUCGUGUUGAGCAUAAAGUGCCGUUUACCGAUCAACAUGUGAAUGUUCAGGUGAAUAGCAGUGUUCGUGAGCCAAUCAAUAUCUCGUCACGCGUUGAGGAAGCGAUACAGCAAAACUAUCGACGAUGCUCUGAAAUCGAAGCCAAUAUCAAAAAUGUGAAAAAUAAGUCAUCAAAAGAAUCGAUUCGAAAUAGUGUGGAAAGUAGUAUUUCGACUGAUAUUGCGUCUGCGACAAGUGGCGGUGCUGCUGCUGCUGCUGCUGAUGAUGACGAUGAACGGUUUAAGGUUCAGCGUCGUUCGAGCAACAAAAGCCGACAAAAUAAGUAUGAAGAAGUGACAACGAGCACUAGUUGCUUCGUAAAAGCUGGUAAUAUGCUAAAGAAACCAAUCGGCACCGGGUUGGACGUGACCACCGCCGAUUCAAUCGACCGUGCCGUUAACUUGCGAUACUCCUCGCAUCGUGAUCCAUUUUAUGAUAUUUUACGGAAUUCCCAGUGCGAGUUUGAUCCAAAUCAAAAGCAUCGCUCUGACCAUAAAUCUCGGCCAAAAUCGUUUGCACCACAUGACGUUGUACAGCAACAGCAGGAACAACAACAACAACAACAGCAGCAGCAACAAAUGAAUCGAGUGUGUAUCCGACAGCCGGCCAGCAAUAAUAGUUCAAAACGGUCCAGUGAUUUUGUUAAUUUUAACGAUAGCACAAUGGAAAACAUAUGGUCAGCGCCAGCAGCGCAGCAAUUCCAAUCGAAUCCAGUCAUUAAUAAGUCAACAUUUAACACAUGUAAUGAGGAUAAUGCACGCAAUCCCGAAAAUGAAAUGCCAAGCUUUGUCAUUUUUAAAACGUUUUCCAACGAACUGAACUCAAACGGGUAUUUGGAAACGUGUUUCAAUAACGUCGACGAUGAAAGUAAGAAAAGAAAGGAUGUGGCAACAGCAACGGCAACAGCAUUACAAUGCAACACAUAUACCAAAAAGUACAACGAUGUCACGGCAACAGUUGUGGCUGCUGCUGCUGCUGCUGCUGCCGCCGCACAUCGAGAUGAUUUAUCGUCGAACAGAAAGGGAAACGGUGUUGUUAUACAAAUCUCCGAUUCCGGGUGUAACAUCGACAAUUUGAGUCACUUGCAGAUUAAAGAGGCACUGAAUAAAAAAGUGAGCCGUGACUCAGCACUCGGCGGUGACAAUCUGCAUGAUUAUUCGGAAGACGAAACAUCGCUUAAUGGCAAAUUUACAUUCGAAAUUUACAAGCAAAUUCGAACGAAUAAAAAGUCUGAAGACCCAUUACGGUCCAAAUACACGAUGAACAACUAUGAUAAGAGCGCAUUGAAACCGUUUGGUUUGCACAAAGCAAUCGGCAAUUUGGAUCCAUCCGAAACGGUUACACAAAACCGACGCACACUGGACGAAUCAUUCGCUUCGAUGCACAUUUGCGACAAAAUCGUUGACAACAAUUUCUUCUUGGAGCCCGACGACACACAUGAAUACAACAAUGAUGUGAAUGUGAUACCAUAUCCGUUGCGCAUCAAAACCAAUCCAUUUACCAACCAAAAAGAGCCGUAUUCAGUGAAUUUGGGACGUGUUUGGAAACAAUUGAAUCUUGGGCAAGACGAUCAUUCGCUUGAGACGAGCAUUGAAAAGUCCAAUUCAAAAGUGAAAAACGAUUCAUUCAGAUCGAUAUCGUCGCAUGAUUCAGGGUUUAGUUUGACAUUGACCAAACAGAAAAGUCUAUUCAAUCGAAAGCAACAGAAAAAGUCCAGCAAACACAAAUCAAAGGCAACACUCACACGGGACGGCCAAUUUAAAAAGUUGUCCGCAUUUCAGUCAAAUGGUGUACGACACAGCAAAAAGAAUCAAUUCAAACAACGAACAUCGCCAUCCAAUUCGAAAUUCCAGUUGAAGCUGGGCAAAGAGGAGCGUAAAACAAAAAAAUCGUUGUUGUCAUCGUCAUCAAUAGUAGCUCCAGCGAAAAGUAACAUUAAAUUAGAAACGGAGAAAAAUCCAUGUGAAACAUUUCUCAAUCGAUACUACAGUGAAAUACAACAGAAAUUGCAGCCGGACGACGAAAAAUCGACUGACUACAGUUUUUCGCAGGAGAUUAGUGAUCUCGAAGCAUUUUUCGAAGAGCAUUUGAAGCGCUUGAAAGAAUAUUAUUUGCAAAAGAAGAGGAUCAACGAUCAAACGCUCGACGAAAUUUGCAGUAAAUGUGAAGGCAAGCGAACUGAACCAAAAUUACUUGCUACUGCUCGAACCGAAUCGAAUCAACCGGAAGAUAAUUCGUUCGUUCAGAAUAGCUCAGGCGUAUAUUUGAAUUCGCGCCUCCACAAACGCAAGAACGGCAACGGUGGUGAUACUGCCAUCGAAAUCAUUCCAAAUGAUGGAACAACGAAUCUCAAUUUUAAAAAUAAACUGUCGUACGGCGGUUUAUGUAACUAUGAUGCUAGUAACUUUGAUUUUCCGUAUCCCGAUAAGCGAAUCGGAACAAAUACACGGCGGAAUAAUCGCCGUUUGUAUCCCAUGAAUGAGAUACGCGUUUCAAAUGACUUGGAAUACGCGUCAUUAGAUUUCAACAGCCAUUUGCAAAGUGGAAAACAUGAAGCGGCCGCAUCAGCAUGGAACAGUGAAUUGGCCAGUGAAUACCUUCAGCAUGAACACCUCAAGCAUUUAACGUUAGACGAUGAUUUUUUAAAAGAAAAACAAUCGAUGAUUGUAAACUAUAACAGUGCCGGUGAGUUUUUGUUGGAUGAUGAUGUUAGCAACGACAACGAUGACGACGACGAUGAAUAUGAAGAUAUUUUAAAUGACGACGAACACGCCACCAUCGAUGGUGGUAUUUGUGUGUUGUGUGAUAAAAUCCAACCGGAAUGCGAAUGUUCAAUGAACCGUAAAUUGGCGAACGCAUACUCAAUCACUCCCGAAAAUAGUCUGUGCAAUUGUAUGGCCGCAUUAAAUACGCCAAUGCUCAAACCAAACUAUGCUAAAAACAGUAAAACGGUGAAAAAGAGCAGUAGCUCGGGCAAAAGUCGCCUGAAUAGUCGAAAGGCGAAGCGAAGCAAGCGGAAAAAGUGGCAUGCUAGUAAAAACCAUUCAUUAAGACGUGAAUAUUGCAAUGUCGCAAGCGACAUCACUCAGAAAGGGUACGAAAAGAAACGUUCACGGUUGCUACAACCGUAUCUACCAAAAAAUCCGCCAUCAAAUGACGGUUAUUAUAAUCUGCAAAAAAAUAAUGGAGGAAAUAGCGGCGGUGGUGGCAGUGGCGGCGGUAACGUAGUCAAUAGCGAGGGUUAUAGCUAUGUUGAUGAGGUGCCAUCACUUCAAUCGACCCAACAUCGCCAGCAACAACAAUCACAGCAAAAAUCCAUGUCCUCAUCGCAUCGCGAUCAGCAGGCACAAAAUCGCGCCCGAAGAGCACAACGACGUGUUACGCACAAUGAAAAGCGAUACCACUCAGAAGUUCGACAGGAGGCUGUGCAACAAGCACUGGCUGCAUUGAAAAAUCGACCAAAACCCAGUUUGCCGAUGCCAUCGAAGCGAAGCUCUGUGCUCAAUCGUAGUCCCGAUCGAAAUCGCGAUGACUCAGCGGAUUCUAGUUCAGACGAUGCUUCUAUACCUGAAGAGCGAAUAGCAACGCCGGACCGCGAAUACAACUACCCACGGGAUCACUUGUGCAAUUCCAGAGAUAAAAUUAAAAUGCCAUCACAGCGAGACAAUUCAGAGCGUCGACACCAAAAUAAUGCAUCGGAACGGAGACCACAAAACCUUCCACCACCGCAGUCAAUGUCAGAUACGUCUAGUACUGGAUCACCACCGGCUGUGCACCGAAACAAUAAAACUAGUGCUUACGAUUUGACUGACGUACCUGAUUUUCAACAGCCGCACGUUCGGCCUUAUGCUGCCCCAGACAUAACACAAUUCAAUAACACACGAAGAGGAGCGGAUCGUGUAACACGAUAUGUCAACGUUUCCCAAACUGAUGCUGGGGAUACAGGUACAACAGGGCGAUGGAAGGUGUCAGCGAAAAUUCAGCAAUUAUUAAAUACAUUGAAACGACCGAAACGUCGACCAUUGCCCGAAUUCUAUGAGGAUAAUGAUAUCGAAUUGGAAAUUGCAGCUAAUCCAAAGGAUCCGAAUGCACCCAAACCAGAAGGUUUGACCAUGACACCGGUGCAUGGUGAGCAACUAGUCGUACCAUCUGGAUUACCGCGAACACUUGAGGCAGCACUACAACGUUAUGGUUCGAGUUCAUUCAAAGCUCCAAUGGCCACCGUUCUCGAUCCAAACGGAAAGAAUUUAACCACAACGCUAACCUAUGGCAAAUUAUUGUCGCGUGCUAUGAAAAUCGCCUAUGCACUAUCGACAAAAGUAUUUAGCAAAGGUCCCGAGUCGAUCACCUUGAAGGCUGGCGAUACAGUGGCUUUAGUGUAUCCAAACAAUGAUCCAUUAAAUUUCAUUACGGCUUGGUACGGAUGUAUGUUCAGAGGAUUGGUGCCGUUGCCGAUUGAAUUACCAUUGUCUAGUUCAGAUUCACCGCCGCAGCAAAUUGGCUUUCUGCUGAGUUCGUGUGGCAUUCAAGUAGCGCUCACAUCAGAAGCAUGCUUAAAAGGUUUGCCAAAGUCAUCGACCGGUGAGAUUGCAAAACUCAAAGGAUGGCCACGUUUACAGUGGUUUGUGACCGAACAUUUGCCAAAACCACCAAAAGACUUCAAUGUGAACAACGCUCGAAUUAAUGAAGAUGGAAAUGCGUAUAUCGAAUAUACGACCGAUAAGGAGGGCAGUGUGAUGGGCGUUACGGUGAAACGUGACGCUAUGAUGAAUCACUGCCGAGCACUUACCAUGGCCUGUCAUUAUACGGAAGGUGAAACAGUUGUUUGUGUGCUCGAUUUUAAACGAGAAGUCGGCCUAUGGCACAGCGUUUUGACAUCCGUUUUAAACGGAAUCCACGUUCUAUUCAUUCCAUAUGCACUCAUGAAACUACGUCCAUCAUCCUGGAUGCAAUUGAUUACAAAAUACCGGGCAUCAUGCUGUUUGGUUAAAAGUCGAGAUCUGCACUGGGGAUUAUUAGCGACUAAGGAUCACAAAGACAUUUCAUUGUCUUCGCUGCGAAUGCUGUUGGUUGCCGACGGUGCAAAUCCAUGGUCAUUGUCCAGUUGCGAUCAAUUUUUAAGCGUAUUCCAAGCAAAAGGCCUUCGACCAGACGCCAUUUGCCCAUGUGCAAGCAGCUCAGAAGCAUUUACUGUCUCAUUGCGACGACCUGGACGCGGAACACACGUAAAUGGUGGAUUUAGUCAAUCAGCAACUGGCCGGGGUGUAUUGUCAAUGGCAGCUCUUUCGCAUGGUGUUGUUCGCGUUGAUUCGGAAGACUCUCUAACAUCACUAACGUUACAAGAUUGUGGCCAGGUUAUGCCUGGCACCAACAUGGUCGUUGUACGAUCCGAAGGACCAUCAGUCCUCUGUAAAACGGAUCAAGUUGGUGAAAUUUGUGUAACGUCCGGAGCCACCGGCAAUACAUACUUCGGAUUGGAUGGAAUGACCAAUUCCACAUUCAAAGUGCAACCAUCAAUCGAGGAGCCAGACGCAAAAUCCGAAAAUUCAACAAUCGCAACCAAACCCAUUGGUGACGAUAAGAAUUACGUGCGAAGUGGUUUAUUGGGCUUUUUGGGCCCAUCUGGUCUAGUAUUCAUUUGUGGCAGCCGAGACGGAUUGAUGACCGUCACAGGCAGAAAACACAACGCAGAUGAUAUAAUCGCAACAGUUUUAGCCGUGGAACCAAUGCGCUUCAUCUAUCGUGGCCGAAUUGCGGUGUUCAGCAUAAAAGUAUUGCGCGAUGAACGAGUAUGUGUUAUUGCCGAACAGAGACCCGACUGUUCCGAAGAAGAAUCGUUCCAGUGGAUGUCACGCGUGCUACAAGCCGUCGAUUCCAUUCAUCAAGUCGGAAUUUAUUGUCUUGCUCUAGUCCCGCCAAAUCAUUUACCAAAAACGCCACUAGGUGGCAUACACUUGUGCGAAGCAAGACGACGAUUUUUAGAGGGUUCAUUGCAUCCGGCCAAUGUAUUGAUGUGCCCACACACAUGCGUAACCAAUUUACCAAAGCCACGGGAAUUGCAUCACGGCGCACUCCAAGCAACUCAAAAUACUGGAAGUUCAUCUGGAUGUGUUACAGACACAUCGGUUGGUCCUGCAUCGGUGAUGGUCGGGAAUUUGGUGCAAGGUAAUCGACUGGCGGUGGCUCAAGGAAGAGACAUCGGGUUCUCCGACGAUGGCGAACGGAAGCACCAACUUAUAACAGGCGUCCUGAGAUGGAGAGCAAAUACAUCGCCUGAUCAUGUUGUGUAUACACUUCUUAAUUCGAAAGGCGCAAUUGCAAAAACUUUAACCUGUUCGGAGUUGCAUAAGCGUGCGGAGAAAAUAGCAGCAUUGCUGCAAGAGCGUGGCAAAAUAAAUCCCGGCGAUCAUGUUGCGUUGAUUUUCCCACCGGGAUUGGAUUUGAUUUGUGCAUUUUACGGUUGCCUGUACUUGGGUGCAACGCCCGUUACAAUUCGACCGCCACACCCACAAAAUUUGAUCACAACACUGCCCACCGUUCGAAUGAUAGUCGAUGUGUCAAAGAGCGGUAUCGUACUUUCCAUUCAAAGCAUCAUCAAAUUGCUCAAAACACGCGAAGCAGCUGCAUCGAUUGAUCCAAAAAGCUGGCCACCAAUCCUUGAUAUUGAUGACAAUCCAAAGAGAAAAUUGGCCUCAAUUGCCAACAGCUCACUAGACUCAACCGCUUACUUGGAUUUCAGUGUAUCCACAUGCGGUCGACUGAGUGGCGUUAUCAUGACACAUAGGUCAUUGUCAAGUGUUUGCGCAAGUUUGAAAUUGGCAUGUGAAUUAUACCCGAGUCGUCAUGUGGCUUUAUGUUUGGAUCCAUAUUGUGGUCUUGGUUUCAUCAUGUGGACAUUGAUUGGUGUGUACAGUGGUCAUCAUUCACUAUUGAUUGCACCAUAUGAAGUCGAAGCGAAUCCCAGUCUCUGGCUGAGCACAUUGUCACAAUAUCGUGUACGUGACACAUUCUGUUCGUAUGGCGUAAUCGAGCUAUGCACCAAAGCAUUAAGCAAUUCCAUUCAGGUGUUGAAACAACGAAACAUUAAUCUUGGAUGUGUACGAACAUGUGUCGUUGUUGCUGAAGAACGGCCCAGAGUACAGCUCACCCAGCAAUUCUGUAAACUAUUCCAGGCUCUUGGAUUGAACACCCGAUGUGUAUCCACUUCGUUUGGAUGUCGUGUCAAUCCGGCAAUCUGUGUACAAGGUGCCAGUUCGGCUGAAAGUGCUCAAGUCUAUGUUGAUUUACGGGCACUUCGUAAUAAUCGGGUAGCACUUGUGGAGCGUGGCGCUCCAAAUAGUUUAUGUUUAAUUGAAUCAGGUAAACUUUUGCCCGGAGUGAAGGUAAUCAUUGCAAAUCCGGAUACAAAGGGCCAUUGUGGUGAUUCACAUUUGGGAGAGAUUUGGGUUCAAUCACCACACACGGCCAACGGAUACUUCACAAUUUAUGGAGAUGAAAAAGACUACAACGAUCACUUCAACGCCAAACUGGUGACGGGUGCAACGACUGAAGUAUACGCACGAACGGGCUAUUUGGGCUUCUUACGGCGCACAGAAUGCUCGCAAGCAUCGUCCGUUCUUGAUGAAACGACACCGAGCAUAGCAAGUCGAGACAGUGACACCGAAUCACUGCAUUCACAAGGCACAAUUCAUUCACAGAAUGCACCCGGCGUCGGUGUUAAUGCCAGUUUCAAUAAUGAACACGAGUUACACGAUGCUGUUUAUGUGGUCGGAGCACUGGAUGAAGUUAUUACAUUGCGUGGUAUGAACUAUCAUCCGAUUGACAUUGAAAAUUCCGUGUUGAGAUGCCACAAGAAAAUUGCCGAAUGCGCCGUGUUCACGUGGACCAAUUUGCUAGUGGUGGUCGUUGAACUAGAUGGAAAUGAGUCAGAAGCCUUAGAUUUGGUUCCACUCGUUACGAAUACGGUUCUCGAAGAGCAUCAGCUUAUUGUUGGCGUUGUAGUGGUGGUGGAUCCGGGCGUUGUUCCAAUCAACAGUCGUGGCGAAAAGCAGAGAAUGCAUUUGCGUGACGGUUUUCUGGCCGAUCAACUGGACCCAAUCUAUGUCGCGUAUAAUAUGUAAUUUGCGACAACCAAAACUAUACCCAAAGGCAGCCAAGAAAUAUAUGCAAAUAGUUAAAAACGAAAAAUGCAAAGAAGAAGGCAGCAGCAGUAGCAACAACACACAAAAAUACCAAUAAAUUAAAAGGAAAAAAAAAACAUUAAAUACAUAGAAUAUUGUAAAAUCAGAAUGAAAUAGCGAUUAGGAUAGAAUUUGACACAUUUUUCCGUAGGCGAAUAUAUUCCAUGUUUGAGACAUGUAACAUGGAAUUUUAUAACAAUGACUAUAACAACGAACGCAGCACACACACACAUACACGCGCGCGCAUACACACAAGGCAGCUACAAACACACAAAUCUCUCUCCUUCACACACACACAAAUUAUUCAUUAAGCACCAGUGGCAAAAUCUCAUGCAAAUUAAAUGAAAUAAAACCAAAUAACGAAGAAAGAAAAAGAAACACAAAAAAUAAUCCAGAAUCUAUGCAUAUAUGGAUAUGUAUAUCAAAUUUCUGAUUGAAUUUUUUCAUUUUAUUUCGGGCAUUUCUUUGUUUCCGUUCGUUCGUUGUUAUUAGUAUGAGUCAUUACAUUAUCCAAGCAACAAAUAUCUCUACUAAUUAUAGUAACCUCAUUACGAAUUGCAUGAUAAUUAUUUACAAACAUAAAUUAUCGAAAUUGUUCCCAAAAAAAAAAAAAAAACAUUUGCACACACAUUCGUCCCUCCUCUCUUUUUAAAGAAAAGACUUCAAUAAAAGAAAUCGCAACAGACGUAGUAUAAUUUAUUUGAAAUGAAACCGUCUGUUUUUUUUCACUUUCUUUUGCGCUUUUUCUUUCCUUUCAUUUUCAUUUUUUUUUCAUUCUUUUCUGUGUCCUUUUCUUUGUUUUAAUUGAAUUUGUUUUUUAUGUGAUAUGAAUCAUGAUUCUGCAAUAAAAGUAAACAAGUAA